AUGGCUCUGACAUCUUGGAAAGCAUUCAACUUCUUCGAUGUGUCCCCAGUGAAGCUUCCUGAAGACAGUGCGUCCUUAUUUAACUCCGAAACCUCCUGCUUAUGUUCUGGCUCGGCUAAUCUCUUCCUCGGGACCACUGACGGAUUCGUGCACACCAUUUCUUCAUCCUUCAAGGUCGUCCAGUCCUUCAAAGCCUCUGAUAAUGGCUCGAUCACCCAUAUAAAGCAGCUGGAAGGGACCUCGCUCCUAGUGACAAUAGCGGAGGAUCUAUUGAAUGAGCCAGUACUGAAAGUCUGGGCCCUCGAUAACCCCGAGAAAAAGACAGGGAUUCCGCGCUGUUUGUCGACUACACCCGUACAAAAUGCGCGGAGGCUGUUUCCUGUAUCCGCAUUUGCGGCGCUUGGAGAUUUGUCCCAAGUUGCGGUUGGUUUCGGCAACGGCUCCGUCGCGAUUAUUCGAGGCGACUUAAUACAUGACCGCGGGGCGCGACAACGUAUCGUAUUCGAAUCGGAGGAGCCCAUCACCGGGCUUGAGGUGCAAAGUGGGCCGGUCACUACUCUCUAUAUCUCCACGACGAACCGGAUCCUGGCGCUCGUGAUUUCCGGUCGAGGACAGGGACAACCGGCACGAGUAUUGGAAGACACAGGAUGCGGCCUUGGCUGUAUGACUCUGGACAGAGAAAGCGGCGACGUCCUUGUGGCUCGAGAGGACGCAAUAUAUACGUACGGUCCCCAUGGACGAGGCCAAAGUUAUGCCUUCGAAAGCCCUAAGAGCUCCAUCAACAUUUUCAAAGACUAUGUUACUUUGGUUUGCCCCCCUAGAGGUGGAACGCCAGGGUCAACAGGACUGCCGACUCUUGGUGUUGGUAGAGAUGAACUAUUCAGCUCUGCCACUUUUACUCUCUUAGAUACUGACCUCAAGUUCAUCGCUCAUUCGGAGUCUCUCGUGUCGUCGGUAAGACAGAUCUUCAAAGAAUGGGGCAAUCUCUAUCUCCUUACAACAGAUGGAAAGAUUUAUCGGUACCGAGAGAAGAGCCUUCAACAAAGACUCGAGAUCCUUUACCAGCGCAACCUCUAUAUCCUGGCCAUCAACCUGGCGCAGAAGAUCGGUGUCGACGCGUAUCAGCAAAACACCAUAUACCGCAGGUACGGAGAUUAUCUUUAUCAGAAAGGAGAUUACGACACCGCAAUGCAACAAUACUUGAGAGCCAUUGACAACACGGAGCCGUCUCAAGUUAUUAGGAAGUACCUCGACACGCAACGAAUCCAUAAUCUUAUAGAAUACCUGGAAGAAUUGCACGAUCACGACCGAGCCUCAGUGGACCACACCACCUUACUCCUCAAUUGCUACGCGAAAUUGAAAGACACAAAAAAAUUAGAUGCUUUCAUUAAGGCGCCCGGUGAACUUAAAUUUGAUCUUGAGACAGCCAUUGCCAUGUGCCGGCAAGGCGGGUACUAUGAACAAGCUGCCUAUCUAGCUACAAAAUACGGCGAGAAUGACAUGGUCGUGGAUAUACUGGUUGAGGAUUCCAAAAAGUACGCCGAAGCGCUGGAGUACAUCUGGAGGUUGGAGCCUGUAUUGUCCAAGGCUUACAGCAACCUGAUGAAGUAUGCCCGUGUGCUGCUGUCGAAUUGCCCUUCAACGACUACAGAGCUUUUUAUAGAAUACUAUGGAGGAGAUUACAAACCAAGGACGCAACAAGUCGAACCGCUACCUGAGCCUCAAGCACAAAACGGCAAUCCUUUACAGAGCUUAGCUGCAUUUCUUCCAUUGCCUUUGCUCAAGACUGGUUUAAGUUCAACGGCGACGGAACCAGUUGAGACCCAAGCCCCUGAGGUUCAGGAAGAACGCGCGCCAGAGUACCAGAUCCCCAAACCACGCACUGCAUUCUCAGCCUUUGUUAGCCACCCACAAGAGUUCAUUACAUUCCUAGAGGCACUUAUCAACAAAGAGGACUUUUUCUUCAGUAACGAGGAUAGAGUUGAUCUCUACACAACGCUUUUUGAGAUGUAUCUCAAUUCAGCGGGACGGCAGAAGGAUACGGCAGAGAAGGAAAAGUGGCAAAAUAAAGCUAAAAAACUGAUUGAAGGGAAAGAUAUUCCUAUCUCAACCUCUAAUGUCCUACUGCUCUCCGAUUUAUCGGAGUUUCAGGAGGGCUCCACACUUGUCCGGGAACAAGCUGGCCUUCGAUCGGAUAUAUUUCGAUCUUUCACUGCUGCCAAAGAUACACAGGGAGCUAUUAGGGCGUUGAAAAAAUACGGCCCUGAAGAGCCUCAGCUAUACGUGGAUGCGUUGACAUACUUUACAUCGAGCCCGAAGAUCCUGGAAGAGGCUGGUGACGAGCUGGAUGCUGUCCUGAAGAGAAUCUCUGAGGAUGGCCUGAUGUCACCACUGCAAGUGAUCCAAGCACUCAGCAACAACGCGGUCGUAACUAUGGGAAGGGUCAAGAAGUAUUUAAGCGACAAUAUCGAGCGGGAACGCAAGGAAAUAUCUUCAAACCGUCGCCUGAUAUCAAGCUACAGCACUGAAACUGAGGCGAAAAUGCAGGAGCUAGAACAGCUGGGUUCCAAACCCGUUGUGUUCCAGGCACGUCGAUAUUCCGAUGAUGACGAGGAACCCUUCGAGGAGCCUCCUCGCGAGCGAACGAACCGUGUUUCAGUGGUAAAUGAUAAAAUGCAGCAUGACGCAGAUAUCCAGGCUCAAGAUGUCAGCCACGAUUCUCACAUUAGGGUAGACUUCGAUUUAUUUCUUCAAUCACAAAAUGAUCAGCAAACAAAUCUGUCCGCUUCCCAGCAGCGCAGGGAAGAACGAUGGAUACCAUCUAUGGGGCACAGUGGAUCAUCCGGAAACAUGACGACGGAGAUUGGCCUUGCACAACAGCGACUGUUUGACGAUGACCAGCAAGCGCAGUCUCCUCCCCUGCAGACCAUAACCUACGAACCCGAACAAGUACCAGACGAUAAUUAUGCAAUUGCCGCACCCGACAACAACCCUGAGGCUCAUGAACUUCAAAAUAUAACAACACAAGGCCAAUCCUCUCGCACCGACACCCACGGGGUCGACAUAAGCGACUGGUCGCAGACAGCUUCAUACAAUAUCUUUGACUCGUCAUCCCACACUUCUCGCAACCUACUCAACGGAGCAGACUUUGAUUGUGACUCAAACAUCACAACUCGAACGGAAGCUAUGCAGAAUUUCGAAUUUCGCCGAUGGACCACAAUGCAGGGAACGACUUCGUCGCCGCACGAUACGGAACCGUUCUCAUCAAUCAUUUCUCCUCGGAUUCCAAGAGCAAAAAGUGACAAUGCCACUCUCAAUAGUGCUCAGCUGUCGUCUGUUAGUGUUGAUGAACUUUCACUACCUGUCACGAUGGAAGCGCCCAAUAUUGAGAUGAAGGGCUGUAAGAAGAAGCAGGCUGUAGUUGCGAACGACGAUGAUGAUGAGCUUUCUCUCCCACAAUUUCAUGAAGAAUCACCUACUAAACCCGAAAAGCGCAAGCCAGGCCGACCCCCGAAGAGAGCGAAAGUGGACGACACGGUUAGCAAGGGCCCCAUCACUAAGACUGCAGACAUUUCACCUGAAGAGAACCAAGGGCCAGCAGUUCCAGGUGCUCCAGGCGGCAUUACUGUGCAUGUUGCUCCGCCGCAGAGCAUUAUUGAUGAUUUCAUGCAUGAUAACCAGAGCGAACAGCCAGCCGCGCCGGCGCUAGAACAAAGUUUACAAACAACCGCCACGUUAACCAAAGAGCCCAAGAAAAAGAAGCUGAAACGCGGCAAAACAACUUCGGUGACUCUGACGAAGACCUACGAGUCAGAUAUAGAAGAUGACGUGAUUUGGGUCGAACAGAGACCUGCUACACCUAUUGACGAAGAGAACAAACCCUCCAACCCUACAAGAACAAGCGGCACUAAGGUUGCAGAACAAACAUCAGCACCUAAAAAGCGCGGUCGGAAAAGGAAGAAGAUGUCCGAGCAGCAGGAUCAAAGAACACCCGCACCACUAGAGGUAGACGAGCAGGAUGCGCAAACAACAACCUCUAAUGAAGCGGACAAUACGCCACGAUUGAGUGACACUCACAACGAGUCCGGCGUAUUAGUUGUCCUCGAAACCAAAAAAACAACCGAUGCGCAGACCUCGGAUAUCAUGGAACCUAUAACCAAAGACCAAGCACCCCUUGACCUCCAUCCACCAACCUCACCCGCCAAACCCUCUGAGCACGCACAACCAGCCCAACAAGCCCCCGAAACACCCCGGAAGCGCACAGACUUGAAGGCUCCAUCCGUAAAGGGGCCCGGUAAACAUAGUCCCAUAUCAUCAACCAGCAAAGUCCCAUACCGUGUCGGACUCAGUAAGAAGGCUAAAAUUGCACCCUUACUGAAAAUCAUUAAGCGGUGA